AUGCAUACUACAACUGUGCAAAGAAGAAAAGGGAAGGCUGGACUUUCGGAGGAGGGAACGAAUCGGAAAGAUCGGGAAAAUAUGAAGGAGAAGGGGAAAGAUUUGAAGAAGGGGGUUUUGAAGAAAUUGGGAUUUGGUGAGUUUUCCAGAUUCUAGCGAUUCCCAAAAAAAAAUUUCGAAAAAAAUAAAAAUAAAACUACGACACUCCGCUUGCCUGUUGUUUAAUUUCCCUUUUUUCUCUGCUGUCUCUCGCAAUUCUACACACACUCUUUUUUUCAGAAAUUUUUCGUUUUCCUCAGCUUUUUCCUAAAAUAAAUGAAUUUCAGUACUUGCCAACGAUAAAUCUGGAGAUGCGAGCACAAAAAAGAAGAAAAAGAAGAAAUCAACAGUUCGAAAACGUUCUCGAACAACAAAUCCCGCGGCGGCUUCAAGAGACAUGAAAAUCCAUUUUGUAUUUCAAAAACCGCACGCACAAAUCCCUUUGAAAGGUGACAAAAUCAAUGAUUCGCAAAAAUCCGUGUUCCACAAAUUCGCGCAAGAAAAUGUGAAACGCGGACCAAUGGAACUCUCAAUGGAUUUCAUGUCAAAAUGCAAACCAUACAUCGGACAACCGCUGAAACGCGAUGUUUUUGAUGCAAAUCCGACGAAGAAUCGAUACAAAGAUGUUGUUUGCAAUGAUAUCACAAGAGUUGUGAUAAAUGACGGGAAAGAGGAGAGUUUGGGUGAUUAUAUUCACGCAAAUUGGGUCAAUGGUUUCACAGCGCCUUUUAUCUUGACACAAGGCCCGUUGGAUCGAACUGUCGUUGAUUUUUGGCGAAUGAUUGUUCACACCAAAUGCGCAUAUAUUGUGAUGUUAUGCGAAGUUUUGGAGGAUGGCAAACCGAAAUGUUUUCAAUAUUGGCCGGAUAAAAAUGGGCAAUCUAUGACGCAUGGCGAUUUUGUGAUUACCUGUAAAACUGAAGAGGAUAAAGAUGAACAUGUGAUUAAAAGUUUGCUGACGAUUAAGAAUAAGAAUGGGGAUGUUGAACAUACUUGUAGACAUCUGCACACAAAAUCCUGGUGACUCGGAGAUUUUCCGGGAGUUUUUAACCUAAGUUUUUUGCAGGCCUGACAAAUUUGUGCCCAACUCAUCUCUGGCGAUUCUCCGAAUGCUAUACAUUAUCCGAAGUUCGAAUGGUCCGGUUUGUGUUCAUUGUUCGGCGGGAAUUGGUCGAACAGGGACCUUUGUGGUUAUUGAAGCUUGCCUUCAAACAUUGACUGAUGAAAAGGAGCUGGAUUUGUUGGCAACGAUUAAGGCGUUGAGAAGUGAGCAACGUUAACGUGUCAAAUUUACGUUUUUAACGUUAAUGUGGCAAAUUAACGUUAAAAAACCAAAAAAGGUCAUUUUUGACAUCUGAAUGUUCAGAAUUAAACAAUUUUAGAUUGAAAAUUCCAAGUUUUUCAUAAAAAAUUCAAAAUUUGGGCAUAGCUUUCGCUGAAAUUCCAAUAAAAAUCUGAAAAAUGCUAGAUUUUCUCCAGUUUUACAGAUUUUUAUCAGAUAUUUCAGAAUUUGAGCGGUAAAUUUCGAUUUUUGAGGUUGUGAUUCACGAAAUAAAAAAAAACGGUUUUUAACGUUAAAAAACCAAAAAAGUGAUUCAUGAAAGGUAUUUUUAUUCAUUUUUUCACCAUUUUCUCAACGUGAAGCUAAAACACACAGAAAUGCUGUUUCAAGAGCUUCUAAUCAGCCUGAAAGACAAAAUCUCCCAAAAAAAUGUGAUUUUUUUGACUUGAUUUGUCUUUUAGGCUGAUUAGAAGCUCUUGAAAUAGCAAUUCUGUGCGGUUUAGCUUCACGUUGAGAAAAUGGUGAAAAAAUGAAUAAAAAUACCGUUGGUGAAUCACUUUUUUGGCUUUUUAACGUUAAAAAAAUGUUUUUUUAUUUCGACUUCAAAAAUCAGAAUUCACCGCUCAAAUUCUGAAAUAUCUGAUAAAAAUCUGAAAAACUGGAGAAAAUCUAGCAUUUUUCAGAUUUUUAUUGGAAUUUCAGCAAAGAUGCGGAAGCUAUGCCCAAAUUUUGAAUUUUUUAUGAAAAACUUGGAAUUUUCAACCUAAAAUUGGUUUUUUUGAACAUUCAUAUGUCAAAAAAUGACCCUUUGGUGAAAUCCUGUUAAAUUCCCGAAAAUUUUUUGCAGACAGUCGCCUGGGAAGUGUUCAAGUCGAUGUUCAAUACAUGACAAUCAUCGAAGUGAUUCUCAACUACGGAAAAGACAAUGGCUAUUGGGAUGAUUCGGAUCUUGAUGACCGUAUCGAACUCCUCACCUGGAAUAUCAGUCAAUUUGUGCAGACUCGCGCGCCGGCUGCCAAAAACACGGCUCCAGAAGCGUUGGCUCCGAUUCCAACGCAAAAAGAGAAAGAAAAGGAGAAAGAGAAAGAGAAAGAGAAGGAAAAAGAGAAGAAGAAUAAUAGCAAGGAUGAAAGUUCGGAUGACAAUGAAAGUGGUCCUGAACCGCAGAAAAAUGAGAAGAAAGAGGAGGUGGCUCAUGUUCCAGCAGCAGCUCCCAAAGAAUUGCGGCUUGCUUUGAGCCCGGUGAAAGCGGCGCCAGGCGUUUUUCAUGUGGAGGUUGGUAUCGGAAAAUCCGCAAAAAUAGUGAUAUCUUCAAGAAAUCUCAAUUUUUGAAAUUAUUUGAGUGUUUCAACGAAACUAUGAAUGCUGGAAAAUCGGAAAAUUUUUUGAAAUUUCAAAUUUCAGCACUUUUAUUAUCGAAAAUCUCCACGAGCUCCACCGAAAUAAACACGCAACGCAGACCGCGCCGCGCCACAACACACACAAAUAGAGGAACGAUUCAAAUUCCCUCCCUUUUUUGUGUGUGUUGUGGCGCGGCGCGGUCUGCGUUGCGUGUUUAUUUCGGUGGAGCGCGUGGUACCGAUAAGAUUUUCGAUAAUACACAGUGUCCCGAACGCGUAUUGCGCCAGCACUCCACACUCCACACACUCUCUCGUUUUUUCUCUAUCUCUCAUCGGUCUCUUCAGCAAAGCGCGCUCUCUUAUCUUUUUUUGCGCUUUUGUUUUCUUGCUGAAAAAUGCUGGAAAUGGAAUUUUUGUAACUAAAUCGAAUAUGGAGAAGACAGAGGAAGAAAAAUUGAAGCUAUUCCAAGUCGUUUCAUGAAAUAUGGUUGAGAAUGAAAUGAGCAAUAGCUCUUCAAAAAAUAGCUUGUUGAAAAACAUCAUUUUUGACCCAGGAAAGCUGAUAAAAUUCAGUUGUAUGCAUCCAAAACAUUGAAAUAGAACUUCUAGAAUAUGUAAAAUCAAUAAUGAUUCGAAAAUAUGCCGUUUUUGUUAUUUUCUUUUCCAUCGAAAUUUGCCCAAAAAUGACCAAAAAACUAGAUUUCAGAAGUUUAUUUUGAUCAAAUAAUUCUUAAAACACCUUAAAAGUAUUCUAAUUCACAUAUUUAUCAUAAAACAAGUCCCGAAUCACAUUUUUCAUUCAUAAAAUUUGAAUUGUUUUACUUCAAAAGAUAUUAACUAACUCAUUUUGAAUUCAAUCUUCACAUGUUUUAUAUCAAAAUGUUCCUCUCAUUAUUCUCCAGAACAUAUAGCUCAGUUUGGGAGUUUUCAUGCAAGUAUAAUUCAAUUCUAAUCGUUUCAAGAAAAAACCUAGUGUUAAAUUUUCAAAAAAUCGACAAACAGGCUUGUGCGCUCUACCGCACAUGCACCAAAAAUGCGCACAACUUUUCUCUGGCUACGCGUUGGGGGCACUGUGUAAUAUCUAGAGUUUUUUCCAUUUACAGGUGAUUUAGUAACUGCUGGAAAGACGUUUUAGCUCUAAAAACCAGAAAAUAAUUUGAAAAAAUGCAUUCUUGUCAGGCUCUGAACUAAUUUUCUGUGAAAAUCGAGCAAUCUUGAAGGUAUUACUAUUAAAAAUCACUUCCGGAAAACUGAAAGAUUGAAUUUCCUGUGAAAAAACUGGAAAAAUUCAAAACAUUACAAAUUUUCUGAAUUUUCCGGUUCAAAAACCAAAAUCCUUUCAAAAAUCUAUAAAUUUUCAGCCUAAACCAAUUGUCCCAACUGCUCAACAUAAACCUCAAAUCAGCCCGCAAAAUACUGCGGUUCCGAAUACACCGUGUCAAGCUCCAGUCUGUCAUGCUCCACAAGUUCAAGCUCGAGCUCCACCGCCUCCCAAAGAGAGAUUCCACACGAAUAAUCAUCAGAAUUUGAAGACUUUUGAGAGGAGUCAAUAUCUUGGGUAA